AUGUCUUUCAACGACUUCGACAUCGAAAGAGGGACGGGGGGCACUCGGAUUGCCCCACCUCCCUCUGGUACUGACUUCCAGUUCACCGCUCUACAGUCCUCGCUUUCCAUUCAAGUCUUCAAGAUAAACGCCAAUGUUCAAGGAAUACUCAAGCUUGUAGACCAGCUUGGCACCGGAAGGGAUACGCCUUCUGUGCGAAACGCCCUGCAUAAUCUAACUGAAGCGACUCGAGAUAUGGUCAAACGGGGUUCGGAAGACCUGAAGAGACUCGUAUCCCUAGGGCAGGCAUUACCUCACCAAAAGACGCUUGUGCAGAAGACAUCUCAUGAUAUGCAACUAUCCCUCGUUGCCUUUCAGAAAGCGCAGAGAGUCAGCGCAGAGCGACAGCGGACGGUAGUAGAGGAUACGAAGCUCCAACAGCAACAGCAGCAGCAGCAGCAUAUACAACAGCAAACUAUAUCUCCUGCCGAAUUGGCAUUCCAAGAAUCACUCAUUCAAGAACGUGAAGGCGAGAUUCGUGAAAUUGAAUCAGGAAUCCAUGAACUUAACGAGAUUUUCCGAGACCUCGGGACGCUUGUCACCGAACAAGGAGAGAUGCUAGAUAAUAUCGAGAACAACAUUACUUCCGUCGCACGCGAUACUCAUGGUGCCAACGAGGAGCUCGGCGUUGCUUCAGAGUAUCAGCGGAAGGCGGGUCGCCGUGCCGCAUGCUUGUUAAUCGUCGUUGCUAUCGUCAUUUGUGUGGUUUUGCUCGCUGUAAGUGACUUUGGUAUUUGGUAUACUGAAUUCCGUUGA